AUGGAAGAGAAGCAGUCUACAACCCAUAAUGUCAUCCUAUUAAAGGAAAACAACCUGUUUAUACCAAAAAUAGAGCAAAAAUCCAAUUUACGAAAGCAGGUUGACGAUCUUAUCUUUGGUUCGAUAGCUGGUAUGGUUGGCAAAUUUGUAGAAUAUCCAUUUGAUACGAUCAAGGUCAGGCUACAGACACAACCUGUCAACAAGCCUUUCUACUCAGGGCCAUGGGACUGCUUCAAAGCUACAAUGAAGCAAGAAGGUAUCCGAGGAUUAUUUACAGGCAUGUCGUCACCAUUAGUUGGGUCAAUGAUCGAAAAUGCGGCAUUAUUUGUAGGCUAUCGACAGAUACAAAGACUGAUAAGGGAGUACUCACUGAACGCAGAAGAGUUGGAUAAACUAAAGAAUAUACCUGAAGAAGACUUACCACCCUUAAAAAUGAGCCAAUUAGUUUUAGCAGGUGCUGCCUCUGGUGCAAUCGCAUCUUUUGUCUUAACACCAGUAGAAUUGAUCAAAUGUAAAUUACAAGUCCAGAUUGGAACAAAUGCCUCUGCCAGCGCUCAUCAAUUUACCGGACCAUUUCACGUUAUACAACACGUUGUUAGAACACACGGCAUCUCAGGAUUUUAUAGAGGCUUUUUAGCCACUUUAUUACGAGAAUCAGGAGGCGGCGCUUUCUGGUUUGGUACUUAUGAAUUUGCUUGUGCACAGUUUAUAAAAAGACGACAAGCAGUGACAGACGAAGCCUUCCUCAAGAAGGAUUUAUCGCCCACAGAGUUGAUGGCCAGUGGUGCACUAGGCGGUAUGGCAUACAAUCUAUCGCUUUUUCCAGUUGAUGUUAUCAAAUCGCAAAUGCAAACAGACGAGCAACUAUUAGCUUCUUGUCAGCGAUCAUUUACUCAGACAGCUAAAGAACUCUACUCAAUGGGAGGCUACAGAGCAUUCUAUAGAGGCUGUGGUAUCACAGUUGCUCGUAGUGCUCCAACAUCAGCUAUCAUUUUCCUAACCUAUGAACUUCUUAACCGACAAUUUGGAAGCUAA